AUGGUAGACUAUAUUGACCUGUGGUAUGGUUUUCUGGAACAGGGACUGCUUGUGAAAGACGACAAGAAGCUUAGAGACAAAUARAAAUCAACGCCGCAGUUCAAAUGGGACAUGAUUUCAAUGAUACCCACAGACCUGCUGUUUCUGAAAGUGGGUUUAAACUACCCCGAGCUCCGACUAAACCGACUCGCAAAGAUGAACCGUCUCUUUGAGUUCUUCGACCGCACUGAAACCAGAACCAGCUUCCCCAACGUUUUCKGAAURAGUAACCUGGUACUUUACAUCCUMAUCAUCAUCCACUGGAACGCCUGCAUCUUCUUCGCCAUCUCCAAGACCAUCGGGUUCGGGUCCGACACCUGGGUGUACCCCAACAUCAGUCACCCUGAGCACGGCCGCCUUGCCAGGAAAUACAUCUACUGUCUCUACUGGUCAACCCUGACCCUGACCACCAUCGGAGAAACCCCGCCACCCGUUAGAGACUUUGAGUACCUCUUUGUGGUCACCGACUUCCUCAUCGGCGUGCUGAUUUUCGCCACCAUCGUUGGUAACGUUGGCGCCAUGAUUUCAAACAUGAACAAAACCCGUGCYGAAUUCCAGGCUAAGAUCGACUCCAUCAAGCAAUACAUGCAGUUCCGUAAGGUCUCCAAGGAUCUGGAGGUCAGGGUCAUUAAGUGGUUCGACUACCUCUGGACGGAGAAGAAGACCUGCGAUGAGAAGGAGGUGCUGAAGAAUCUGCCAGACAAGCUGAAGGCSGAGAUCGCCAUCAACGUCCAUCUGGACACCCUGAAGAAGGUCCGUAUCUUCCAGGACUGUGAGGCUGGUCUUCUGAUUGAGUUGGUGCUGAAGCUGCAGCCUCAGGUGUUCUCCCCAGGAGAUUACAUCUGUAAGAAGGGAGACAUCGGCAGAGAGAUGUACAUCAURAAGGAYGGGAAGCUYGCUGUGGUGGCAGAUGACGGGGUGACACAGUUCGUGGUGCUCAGCGACGGAGCGUACUUCGGAGAGAUCAGUAUCCUGGGCAUCAAGGGUUCCAAGGCUGGCAACAGGAGAACGGCCAACAUCAGGAGCAUAGGUUACUCUGACCUCUUCGCCCUGUCGAAAGAUGAUCUCAUGGAGGCCCUCACUGAGUACCCCGACGCUAAGAAGGCUCUGGAAGAAAAGGGAAAGGCUAUGCUGAUGAAAGACAACAUGAUCGAUGAGGACGUCGCUAACGCGGGCGCCGACCCUAAGGACACGGAGGAGAAGAUCCAGAGGUUGGAGAGCAAUAUUGAAAUCAUCAAGACCAAGUUGGCCAAGAUCAUGGCUGAGUUCACAUCCAGCCAGAGCAAGAUCAAACAGAGGAUCACCAACAUAGAGUCAACAGUCAAGUCAGUCCGGCCCGAGGAUAUAUCUGAGGUGGUGGCCGACAACAAGACACAGUAGUCCCACAACUCAACGUAUUUACCCAGAGACUUUUUCUAUUGAACCUUUAUAUUGACAGGGAACCAUUCUGAGAAAAAUGUCUCUUUUAAUGAUGAGCAUGUAAAAAAUAUACAAUUCAAUACACGAAAAGCGAAACAGAGAUACAAAACACCCUCAUAGAAAACAAACACAUUCUUCAGAAAUACCCUAGAGGCACCAACUCAUCACAUUUUAGAGAGUUUGGGAGAUUAUUAUAUUCCACAAAUAAGGUGUAAAAAAACUAAAGUAGAUUUACCUAACUCAGUGGAGAUCAAAGGCAUCUCCAGAGUAAGCAAUCCCGGAGAUUGGGUCUGGUAUCUCGUUCGUCUGUAGGUUAACAAUUAAGCAAGGUACUGCAGAAGUGCAAUGCAUCGAUCUACGAGAUUUCAAAAGAAAGCCAGCCUACUUUAAGAUGAUUGUACACUUCAAACAUUUUUUGCAAUAUUUUUGGGGGCAAUAUUGCAGAGUAAUUCUGCAAGCAUCAGUUAAUGCAACUUCUUUCCAUUUAAAAUGAGGAACUUUUUGUUAUAUGGGGGAGUUUUGAUCGGCAGUGCCACCUAGCAGACCAUUUUUUUAUCCUCCAAUCAGAGCGCAGCUAUUGGUCAUGUGAUCAGUCAUGCCAUGUUUUCCAAAAUAGUUUACAAUGGCAAAGUGUUUGAGCUGAAGUGAAAGAAAAUCAACUCCUGUUUUGAAGUGAAAUGUUUCCUCACUGCAAUAUUUGAUCAUGAUACGUUAAUACAUGCAUACUGUGUUUAUUUUGUCAUGUUUAACUAACAAAAAUAUCCACGGUGGGGUGCAUGCUAAUUGACUAGCAAGUCCAUAUAAAGUCAAUGGGACAAACUGGCUAAAUUACCUAGAUACCUAGCCACAUCCUCCACAUUUGGGGCGGCAGAUAGCCUAGCAUUGGGCUACUAACCAAAAAGUUGCUGGAUCGAAUCCCCGA